UGGAAGCAGAGAUGUAUUUUAGAUAAGGACGUCUCAUUUGGGACUGUUGGUUCUCACGAGAGAAUGAGGAGGUAAUUUUUGAGAUCUUGCAUGGUGACACGAGGCGGCGGAGGACGGCGAGGGAGGUGAAGAAGGUCGUUGCAAUGUCGACCAACUUUUUCAAAGUUCGAAAGUUCCUAAGGAAAAUUGGGUUCGAAAAGGAGGAUAUAUACUUCGUGAAGCAGAUGGGAAAAGCUAUGCUCUGCACAUAUACUCUCUUUGGAGCUGCUUGGUUGUGGAAUGAAACUUCUCCGCUCGGUUGGUGGACACUUAAGCCUCGGCCAAAGGAAGAGAAAGAGAUGGCCCACCUCUACGAGCGAAGAAAAUUCCCUUAUCCAGGUGACACAGAAGCUAUGGAGGAGUUCAUUAGAAGUGGAGGCACACUCGGCACCACUAUUGGCCCCAAAGGGUUUAUUGACUCUGAGAUGGAUCCCGACAACAUACAGAAACAGUUGCAGAAGCAGAAGUUUGAGCAGGAGGCUCAGAAGCUCUGGUUUCGUAUGAGGAAUGAGGUCAUACAAGAGCUCCAAGAGAAGGGGUUCGAUAUCGAGUGAGAGAUAAGCUCCUACCAAAAGAAUAAAGAAUCUUUAUUAUAAAUGUGACGCAGAUGAUUAUCUCAAACCCGCUACUUAGUUUAGCAUCAACUCUUGUUGCACUUGUAUUUAUGUGCAUAUGGUUUUGCCGCGUCGUUGUAGAAACUGCUCUAAACUGUAUGAUCUGCUCAGAAACUGCUCUAAUGUUGUUGCAAGUUUUGUAGCUUGUGCACCAUCUUUACAGCUCGGGCGAAUGUAAAUAUUUUGUGUAUCUCAUACACCGUAUUUAUAACGUUGGCAGCUAUAAUAACUGCUGCGGUUUAGGACUAUAUAAUUGAUUAAAAUAAUUUAUAAUGUUUAUUCAACUAA